CCUUUCUACAGGGAGUGCAGAUUAUGCCACACAUAAAUACAAAUGAUUGCACAUAAAAUUGUCUCAUAUUUUAAGUGAAAUCUUUAGCAAUUUCAUUAAUGGGGCAACAACAAUCAAAAAAUGAGUUACUGUAUCAACAAGUCAUUGAAGGAGGUGUUGAAUCUAUCAAAGCUCUUCACAAUGAUGGUGCCAGUCUUGAGUGGAUCGACAAAGAUGGAAAGACACCAUUGAUUGUAGCGUGCAUGAAGCCGAAUGGCUUGAAUGUUGCAAAAACUUUGCUUGAGCUCGGUGCUAAUGUCAAUGCUUACCGGCCAGGAUAUCAUGCUGGGACUGCGCUACAUCAUGCAGCUAAGAGAGGUCUGGAUGAUACUGUGCAAUUGCUUCUUUCCUAUGGAGCAAAUCCAAUUAUCAAGAACGAUGCUUGCCAAACUCCACUUGAAGUAGCUCGAGCAAAAGGUUUUAGCAAUGUCGUCCGUACUAUCGAGAGACAAAUCUGCAUUUUCUCGGGUUGGAUGAGGGAGUUCUAUGGUCCAGGGUUUCUUGAAGCUUUAGCUCCUCAAUUAUUAUCUAGGAAGAUUUGGGUUGUAGUCAUACCUUGUGGCAUAGCUGAUCCUAUGAAGCCUCUUAAAUUACAACUGGCGAUUUACUCAUCGUUACAGGACGCCCAGCCUCGUAAUGUUAUCGUCUUAUGGAAGGCUAUUGUUGAAGAGAUAAGGUGGCAACGAACAGAUCCUGUGCUGACAAUUUUUGACAAGACCUGUAACACUCGAUAUAAAUUUACAUCAUUCAGCGAUGCUGAGCAACAACAGCUUCAAUUGUUGCACAGAGCAUGUAUUGCUUCCAUUGAGGUCCUGCCUUCCCGCUUACCACAAAAUACCCAAACUGCAGCUACACAAUCUGAAACUGCUGCACAAGCAAUGGAAUUAGCAAUUGGAAUCAACUCUUCCAUUGAUUCUGCUAAAGAAAAUAAGAUUUUACAUCAUCAUGGACAAAGCUCCGGUGUAAAAAAUGAAAAUGACUGGUGUAAUAACACCGAGGAUUCUGCUCACAGCGGAUGGGGUUCACUUGUCAGAUCCGAGCCUAGAUCAGAAGUUACUAACACUGAUUGGACGGAUAACCGAACUAAGGUCCAAGAAAAUGGAUGGGGAAAUACCGCAGAUGUAUCCAGUCAACGACCACAACAAUCACUUCCUAAAUCCACACCAUCUGAACUAAGCUGCAGCGGAUGGAUCGACGAGCCUGCUGUAGAAGAGUACAAUGGAUGGGGUGUGCCCGAGCCUCGGCAGGGACGUAGAGACGCCUCAGCUGAAGUUCAUUAUCAAGGAUGGGAAAACACUUCAGAGGACAAAACAGCAUCCUCAGAUGUAAGUAGCUGGGAAGCAAUGGACAAGACAGACAAUGCACCUGAAUUUAGGUCUAGUGUCUAUCCAGGUGAAAACGUUGAAACUCAAGAGGGUAACAAUCCUGCUUUUGAUUUUGCGGUACCUUCAGCUCCACCUGUUCCAGAAGAAGUUGAAGACGUUCAUUAUCCGGUCAUAGAUCUUAGCCCAUUGCACCGGUCGAAUCCUCCUGUGGAACAAAAAACAGCUUCUGUUACGACUCAAAAGGAAAAAGAACAUGAGCCUGCACUGUGUAUAAUAUGUUGGGAAGCUUCAGUUGAAGGAGCAUGUGUACCUUGUGGUCACAUGGUUGGCUGCAUGCAGUGUUUGAACCAGAUCAAAUCAAAGAAAGGAGAGUGCCCCAUUUGUCGAGUAAAAAUCGACCAGGUUAUAAAGCUCUACUCUGUUUGAGAGGUAAAUAUAGUGUUUACAUUCCUUAUUUAUCAUGUCAUUCUCCUAAAACAUCUAGCCUAGCUAUCAUAAUAAACUACAUUCCUGGGGAACAUGAUCUUAUCUAAUGUCACUUCAAUUUCAUUCUUAUGGUCCGUCGUAAUUGCUUUAU